AUGUCCGUCGGUGGUCUCGUGACUCCUCGGCCUAGGCCGGUGCAGUUAUCUCUUCUGAUAGAAUUUAUGUGCCAGAAAACCUACACAGAUUUGAUGCACUUGGUUGACCUUCUGCCAAGCAAAACAGACCUCGAGAAGAAAAUCGAGCUGGCUAAGUUCUUCAGUCGAACGAGGAAUCUGUUUAUUCGACUGGAAGCACUUACAAAAUGGGCUAAUACUUCUUCGAAAGUGGAUAAGUGUGAGAAAAUUUCAAAUUUCCUCGAGGAACAGAGUAUGCUUCUUCUUGAUACCGCCAACAUCUUAUCUUUUCUCCACCAAAAUCAUCUUAUUUCUGCUCGCUUGCCUCCCUUUGCCAUGCUGCUGGCAAUCGAUAUUUUUGUUAAUAAAACAUACACACGUCUACCAAAAGCAAUUAAAGCUCGAUUCACUCCUCCAGAACCCAUAUCUAAUGAGGAAAUUAGAAUGGGAUUGCCGGAUUUGAACAGGAUAAUAAAGUACCGACUUAGUGUGUCCUCAUGUCCGAGGCGUUUUACUAACAUUGCCAUCGCCAGUGGACCACUUAUUCAUCCACAACAGACCCGUUUCUUGUUGCAACAUGCUCAAUCCCGUAUUCUUGAUUCACGUUUUGACAGGCGUCCUCCUCUCACCCAUCUCUAUGACAUGCUUCCUGUGGGGGAUUUAAAAAGUUUGUAUAGUCGUGCUUAUAACUGGCACAAGGAUCUUUUUCUUACUUUAACAGACGCUUUUGCAAUGUCUCUGCAAUUGGACGUACUCUUUGAGCAGGCCCAGCGUUUGCGAUCCCGACGUCCAACAGACCCAUUUAGUAUCGAAGACUAUCGACCGGGGCAGCUACUCAAGGUUGUCUACUGGCGUGGAUUGUCUAAUUGCAACUACCAGGCAGUAAUGGGUCCUGACGGUAAAAUGCGACCGACCAUUUACUCAAUCACCAUUCACGUGAAUCCAUUGGAACCUCAGCGGCCUCUCUCUGUGACUCAUCAUCCCGAAUUAAACACUAUCGACGAGCACAAAAUCGGCUCCUUUGUUAAGGGUGGUUGUCUCUCAAUUGAGAAUCUCUUAACUCGCACAAUCAUAGUCCGAGCUGAACGCAUGCUUACGGAGAUUAGACAUGAACUCCUGCCCCUUUCUCCGGGCCCAAUAUCCAUUGGGGAAGUACCGCUCUCUCUCUCCGUACCCGUGCUCUGGCCCUGCCACCCUCACGAAAUCCUCCAACUCCGCAUCAAUGCAGCACAGGGUCAAAUUCGUGCCUCGUUUCCUUCUUCUGAUCCUGUCCGCAGCGCUCCCCUCCUUCGUGAUCUUGAAAUGGCCUUUAACCGUCCCUCAGCACGUCGAGUCACCCUGGAUCGCACCUCCACUAUUGACUGUCGUGCGGGCAGUCGCGGGAUGCGAAGCCUUGUUGGAGAUGAUACGCGUUGGCAGGCGAGAUUGGUGGAGAUAUUUUCACGUCUUCGUUGCCUACUUGGUCAAUGGAGGGUUGGGUGGGCGAAUAGAGGGCGCUUUAUACGAUAUUCGUUACCACUAUCUGUCCCCCCACCCUCUUCCACCGCUGCUCAACCGGGCUACGUAGAGGUGCUAGAACGAGCAAGACAGGACCGUGUCGCUCUGGUGUUCAUUAAACUAUUUCCCAAUGAUGAGCACUACCUUCUGUGUGAACUGGCACCGACGGAUGCACUAACAGUGGGGUAUCGACACUACCUCCUCAAGUGUGUCUCCGUGCCUAUUACGGUCACGGAUCUUCACGUGGCACCGGGAGGGCGGUGGUUGACGCACAACCCGGAACAGUCAGUAUUAGAGAGUGCUGGAGUUCUCGCACCACCGGGAGUGGCUCUGAGGAUAACCCACUUUAUGCCGUUAAUUGGGGAGGAGGCCUCUGGCGAUUUGACUGGAAACGCGGUCUACUCGUCUCUGAUUUUGCAGCCAUCACUGGCAGAACUGCGUGAAGCUGCAGCUCAGGUCCAGCGUAAUCGAGUGUGUCGGCGUUUGAAACGAGUCCGUGCUCUCUUUGAACACCUCUCGAGGGACGAUGAAGGCGGUUUGGCAAGCGAAGCUAAGCGCCGGUGCAUAGAUCGCCUGCCACCAAACGAUAGAGCGAUGCUCCUGUCUGCCACCUCUGACUGUUCCGCCGCUACGUCUCCCUCCACCGUGCUGAUGCCAGAUCUGUCUCGGCUCCUUGCCGCUCUGGAAGAUGAUGUAAUUGUUAAUGAGCUCAAUGCGAAGCUGGCAGAGCACGGGAUCACUCACGACGGCGUUAUUAAUAAUGCUCAAAGUGACAUCCUGACUAUCGCUAUUCGAAGCAUUCCCACCAAGAGCCUUCCAGCCUGGGCACGCCCUGGUAUCGCUCUCCUCCACCGCUAUGCCCGACGCGUAAUAAUAAUCAGCUCCUCUCGUCUUUCGCCCUCCACUUCUUCCUCCGCCACAUCCACCUCUGCUUCUAUGCGCUGCUGGCGUCUUACCAUUGCCUUCUCCAAUCUCCCAGGCAACGCCAAUGGCGGCGAACUGCUCCACCAAUCACCUACAUCGCAGGUCAACAGUUUGUCCGACUUAAACACCUUUCUCCUUACUGUGAUAACCGAAUGGGAGGCCCUCUGUUGCUUAUUUGCUAUCUGCGGACCGGUUAUUGAGAAUCCUGCUUGCCUACCACCUGAUGUGCGGCUGAAUGCCUUUGACGCAAGGAGUUUGAUUCUGGCUUAUGGACCGGGUCAACAUUACUUGGCCGAAUUGUCUGUAGAUCCCCGCCAGAAUUGCUGCCUUCGUCUCGGUGUCCAUCCGGGUCCCGUCACUUUGAAGCAUGGUGACGAUGUUGACGACGCAUUGCAGCAGCAAUGGCGCCGACAAAGGCAACGGGACCUUUUCGAGAAUCCGCAUUGUGUUGUGCGUGAGCAUCUGGAGUUCCUGGUUGAGAGCCAGAAGUCUCUUUUACCAGUGUGUUCGGUCUUGUCCUCUACACUGGACUUCGUAAUGUCUAUGGAAGUCCUGCGGAAACCCACCAUAAUGACCAAUUCCAUAAAGUCGUCAGCAAUUGUGAAAUCAGCCCGCCCCAUCCGGAGUAUGUCUCUGAUGGCGCUCUCCUGUUUCGACCUGCAACUUGCUUAUCGUGGCACACUGUGCUUGCGUUUUAAGCUGAAGACUGGUCACGACGCAACUGUCCACAUCUAUGAUGGCUGCCACCAUCAAGAAGUUGGUGGUGCACCACCACAGAGUCGUGGUGGUGGAAUUUCUAGCGAAAUUUACCCCGUGCAAGGCUUUGUACCACUUCCUGCGUUCCAGCUCUUUUUGGAGUCAAUGCAAAAGGCCUUCAAGAUGGAGGGUGGAGACGAGAAACCUUCCGGCGGUUUCACCGUGUCCCAGUUGGAUCGAAUGCUUCGGCCAUCGGGAGGGGGCACCAACGGGCCUGUCAGUCCCUCAGCUCUCGAGUGCUACCUCUCCGCCAGCUUGACUUUCCAUGCUGCUUUCCAGGCGGUGAAUGCGCAUCGUUGGCAAGUUCCCUCUGCUCCUGCUAUCGAGGUAGGGGAAUUCGUUGCCAAAGCACCUGACUCGGGGCUAGAGGUGAGGUUGAAGAUGGAGGAGGAGGAGGCGACGACGGUGGAGGGUGUUCCACGCUGGCGUCUCGUCCUGAGAGUCACGCCAGAUCCUGUGUCGUGCCCGGCAGAAGGAGCUGCAGAAUUGGGUGCUAGGAUUGAGGAGUUCUUCCGCCGAAGGGUAUGUUUAGUCUCACCGCAAGCAGCAGCUAUCACCUCUUUCUUCCGUCUCCUCUCCCUUCCCGGUGCAACCCUCUUUGAUCUCGUCACUAACGUCUUUGCGUGGGAUUUGGACUCCACAAGCGGUGGCAACAAUGGUCUUUCUAUUCUCCGCGUUGGUCUCGUUUCCCUUGCUACUCCAGCCGCCCCCGAGCCCUCCGUCGUUCUUCGUUCGCCCAGCUAUCUCGCCAUGCAAAUCAUCAUUCCCCGCGCACCCGCUUUCAACGAGCAGUCCUCGUCUUCGGGUUUGUUGCGUGCCUCCGGUGUGGAAGUAGUCGGCUUGACGUAUGACUGGUCAAAGAACCAUGUGGUAAUUGUGGCGUCGAAGAGGUUUCAGGGUCUGGACGAAGUAAUUAAUCAACGCUUCAAGACUACACGAGCUUGCACGCUGGUACAACUCAUCUCGCAUAUGCGCAAGAAUCCGCUUCAACAGGGAAUGCCGUUGCAGCAGCAGAUGCAGGUGCAGCAAUGA